UAAAGGGACGUUGCUGCUCAAUGUUAUUGUUUAGCGUUACUGUACGCUGUGCGGCUGCUAUACAGCCUAUUCAUUGUGAAAACCUCGUGAAGACUACUUUUGCGUCACGGUGUCCAGCUCCAAGCUACCUUUCCCGCUCCACGAGAAGCGCGCGGGACAGUUGCUCGGCAACUCUGAUACAAGCUUGACGUUAAUUAAGUGUGUUUUAGUUCAUUAUGGCAGGAGAAGAUUUCCAGCCGAGUUUGAGUUACAGAGGUGGUGUGGAUUAUUGCAUACCAGAUUUAUCCCCCGUUAACAAAAUAUGAGGAACAAAUCGUCUGUGCGCAGUUAGGGAAGUAGCCUGGAUGCGCACACCGUUCUAGAACGGCGGAGGAUUCCAACAACAUAGGUGGAUGUACUGAACUGUAGAUUUUCUGUGAAGGUUUAUCCAAUCACUGGGUGCCUCUGCACCAUGGUGGUUUUAUCCGAUGGCUCUCCCCUGAGCCAGCCAUGCCCCGGGGGGCCGGUUCAGGUCGGUUUCUACGAGAUCAUCAGGACGCUGGGGAAGGGAAACUUCGCUGUAGUUAAACUGGCUUGUCACAAAGUCACAAAAACCCAGGUGGCCAUUAAAAUCAUUGAUAAAAAGAGACUGGAGCCCUCUGACCUGAAGAAGAUCUACAGAGAGGUCGAAGUGAUGAAGCUCCUCAACCAUCCGCACAUUAUCAAGCUCUAUCAGGUCAUGGAAACUAAGGACAUGUUGUACAUGGUGAUGGAGUAUGCCAGGAACGGAGAGAUGUUUGACUACUUGUUGUCGUCGGGGCGGCUGAGUGAGAGUGAGGCUCGCAGGAAGUUCUGUCAGAUCCUGUCAGCGGUGGACUACUGCCACAGCAACCACAUCGUCCACAGAGACCUGAAGGCUGAGAACCUUCUGCUGGACUCCAACAUGAACAUCAAAGUAGCAGACUUUGGUUUUGGGAACUUCUUCAGUGAAGGACAAUUUCUGUCCACCUGGUGUGGGUCCCCGCCCUACGCCGCUCCAGAGGUGUUUGAGGGGAUUGAGUACGAGGGGCCUCCUCUAGACAUCUGGAGUCUGGGCGUGGUGCUGUACGUGUUGGUGUGUGGCGUCCUGCCCUUUGACGGCCCCUCCCUCCCCGCGCUCAGACAGAGGGUCCGGGAGGGCCGCUUCAGAAUCCCCUUCUACAUGUCCCAAGACUGUGAGAACCUGGUGCGGAGGAUGUUAGUAAUUGAACCGGCCAAACGGAUCACGGUGGCCCGGAUCAAGAAGCACCGCUGGAUGAAGUCGGACCCACCGGCCACGGCAGCCCCUCCAGAGACGCCCCAGCCGACCCCUGCCCCUGAUGCAGAGCCUUGUCUGGGGGAGAAUUACAGCGAGCCGGUACUUGGCCUCAUGCAGACCCUGGGCAUCGACCGGCAGAGGACCAUUGAGUCUCUUCAGAGCAGCAGCUACAACCACUUCUCUGCUAUCUACCGUCUCAUGCUGGAGAAGGUGAAAGAGCUCCGCUCCCUCAGACUGCCCCAGAGCACCGAAAAGGUGACCCCCAACCCUGACCACGACACUCUGCUACCGACCUGCAUUAGUGAUCAGGAUCACCAUGGAAACCAGGGGGAGGAGCCACAGGAAGGGGAGCUGCAAGAGGAGGGAGGGGCAGCAACCCUCUCCUUAGACCCCUCCCACAGACACACUCUGGCCGAGGUCUCUUCCAGCCUCCAGCAGUGCAGCCCAUCUUGUGCUGUGGUAAACUCAUCCGACCAUGCUUCCUCAGAUAGUUUCUCCUCUUCCUCCUCUUCCUUCUCUGCCAGUCCCAGCCUGUCCAGCCCAAUUGAGGACCCCUAUAUGUUACUUGUCACUACUGUGGAUGGCCCUGGGACCUAUAGCCCCACAGAGUCCCCCCUGGCCCUGUCCUCUACCGUGCCCAGCACUGUUGACAGCCCCUAUCAGUUACUGGUCACUACCGGUCAUCUGGCCCUGUCGUCCACCCUGCAGCCCCCUCCCCAGGAUAGCCUCCCCGUACCCAGCUUCCAGGAGGGCCGCCGAGCCUCCGACAUGGACACCGGCGCUCUAACACAAGGUCUGAGGGUGUUCCGCCAGAAGUUGAGGGGCGAGGCCAGCGCCAAGGGCCUGCUGGGACUGAACAAUAUGAAGAGCCCCGGGGUCCGGCACGGGUGGUCCCCCCCAGCCUCUGGCUCUGCACCCUGCCCCCCUGCCUGGGGGGGGCGAGACCUGUCCCACUGUGUCCCCACCACACCACUGUCAGAGGAGGGCUUCCAGCAGCAGAAAGUGAUCCAGAUUCCACUGUGCCAAUUCCACCCGACCACACCUCUUCCUCCACGCCACCCCACGUCUUCCUCCCCGCCACCACACCUCUUCCUGUCUCCUCCCGUCCCUCCUAACGUUCCCGCUCCUCCUCGUCCUCCCAUUGGUCUGUUCUCCACACACACACUGUCACAUGACUUCCUCACACCCUCCCUUCAACAGAACCACUCACCACACCCACAACUACACCCACACCCACAACUACACUCACAGCUACACCCACAGCCACAACUACACUCACAACUACACCCACACCCACAGACACAACUACACCAACAACUACACUCACAACUACACCCACAACUACACCCACAGCCACAACUACACCCACAACUACACCAACAGCCACAACGACACCCACAGUCACAACUACACCCACAACUACAACCACACUCACAGCUACACUCACAACUAAACCUACAGCCACAACUACAGCCACAACUACACCCACACUCACAGCUACACUCACAGCUACACCAAAAGACACAUCCACAACCACAAUCCUACCUAUCUCUAUGCUCAGAGCAACCGCUAGACUUAUCCCCUUCCUCCUCCUCUUCCUCCUUCUCUUCUUCAGCCAUGGUGGCGUCGGCUGGCCACCUCUUGGAGUCCCACCUCCAUAUCAGCUCUCCUCGGGUUGAGAACCACACCCCACCCUUCUCUGACGCUCCUCACCUCCCUGUUCAGCCCCAGUUCCCCCACCCGAAACCCCAGUCUCAGCCUAAGCUACUGCACCCCCACCCAGAACCCCUGUCUCAACAACUACACCCCCACCCAGACCCCCGGUCUCAACUACUACACCCCCACAUCCACCCCCACAACCACCCAGACCUCAAGACUCAGCUAUUGCAGCCUCACCCCCACAACUACCCAGACCCCCAGUCUCAGCUACAGCAACCCCACUCCCACCCCCACAACCACCCAGACCCCCAGUCUCAGCUACAGCAACCCCACUCCCACCCCCACAACUACCCAGACCCCCAGUCUCAGCUACUGCACCCCCACCCCCACAACUACCCAGACCCCCAGUCUCAGCCUCAGUUACUGUAUUCCCACUCUGACCCUCAGCCAAGGCCUUGGGCCAACCACCACCUCUAUACCCACUCCCAGACCUCCAGGCGGCCCCAGCUCCAGCGCCAGCCACGUCUGCCUCCAUGCCCAGUAGGGAGAAUGGAUCCUGCGUACGGACCGUAGGAAACACCCAGGACUACAGGCCUAGCAGCUGUUGGACAGCAACGGUCUCAAGGCUAACAUUAGGACUCAGAGAGAGAGACUGGAGAAGUGGAACUGGGCCUCAGACUGAUGUCCCCAAUGACUCAAUGCCACGAUGCUCUGGCAACAGUGGACGUUAUUAAAGAAGGAUGACAUCAGUGGGACCUACUCAGGAUGGACUGUGAGUCCAUUGGUUGGAAUGAGCUUCCCCUAAAGCUAGGGCAGCAGAGUCCCUGCCCAUCUUCCAAAAACAACUGAAACUCUACCUCUUCAAACAUUGUCUUAAAUAAGACAUUGCACUUCUCUUUUCCUACUCGCACUGGCUUAGCUGAUAACUCCUCUAUAUUGUGGAAAAAUGUACUUACUUCGACUGUGAUAUGUGAUUGUCUCACUUAGCUAUCUUAAUAUGAAUGCACUUUGGAUAAAAGUGUCUGCUAAAUGACUCUACAUUUAUUUUUUUUAUAAUGUAUUUCUGAUCAUGUGCAAACUGUCAUGUCUGUUGUUAUGUGAACUGAAAAUACCAAUAAUUGACCUACUGUGGAGACAGCAGUCUUUUCCAGGAAGCACAACUCCCAGUAUUCUCCUAUUAUCCUAUUACAAACUCGGUUAAGUGGUAGUUGUUGUCUCCCUGUCGUCUUCCAUAAACAGUCUUUGAUUCAGUGCAGUUGGCAUGAGGAAGACAACUUAAAAUUAGGUGUUUUCUCAUGCAGUUUGAAUUCAGACCUGCCUUGUGCCUUUUGAACAAACAAGAUGACUAUUGUAUUGAGUGGACCAGACUCAACAAACCUCUCUGUAAUACAUUUUUUUGUAUUUGUCGAACAUUGUAAAUUGAGAUU